AUGGCAAAAACAUAUGACUACUUGUUUAAGCUCUUGUUAAUCGGAGACAGUGGAGUAGGAAAGACGUGUGUACUCUUCCGGUUCUCUGAUGACUCAUUCAACAACUCUUUCAUCUCGACGAUCGGAAUCGAUUUCAAAAUCCGCACGAUUGAACUCGAUGGGAAGAAAAUUAAACUGCAGAUUUGGGAUACAGCCGGACAGGAAAGGUUCAGAACGAUCACAACUGCAUACUACCGAGGAGCCAUGGGUAUCAUCCUGGUCUACGAUAUCACAAAUGAACGGUCAUUCGAAAACAUCAAAAACUGGAUUCGCAACAUUGAAGAGCACGCAGCAUCGGAUGUUGAACGAAUGAUCAUUGGUAACAAGUGUGAUAUUGAAGAACGUCGCGAAGUGUCACGGGAGCGUGGAGAACAGCUGGCUAUUGAAUACGGCACCAAGUUCCUUGAAACCUCGGCGAAAGCAAAUUUGAAUAUUGAUGAAGCAUUCUUCACGCUGGCCCGCGACAUCAAGAGCAAGAUGGAGCAGAACGAGAUGCGUGCCGGAGGAUCAGCGUCAAACACGGGCCGUGUGAAUGUUGGCGGAACAGGAACGCAGAAGAAGAGCUUCUUCAGCAACUGGAGUUGUUCUUUGCUCUAA